AUGGCUGGUCAGCAGAAACCAGCCCAGGUGGCAUUCCGCAUCCACUUCAUCUACCGCCUCUUCUUCCUCGUCGUCGAACCCAUCUCCGCGCUGGUGGGAGCCUACUACAGCCACUUCCGCCAGGAAACCUACCUCAACCUGUUGAACUCGGACUCGGCACCGUCCCCGGACGCCAGUGCGCCGCUGGCAACCUCUGUCGCCAUGUCGCAGCUGGCCAACAUGUUCUUCUUCUUCGCGCUCAACGAGGCGCUCGUGCUACGAUCCACGGCGGACCUGCGCGUCUGGCGCACCGUGCUCUUUGUGCUGCUGCUCGCCGACGUGGGACACUUGUACUCGAUGCGGGAGCUCGGGGCGAGCAUCUACUGGGAUGUCGCGGGGUGGAAUGUGAGCGAUCUGGGCAAUGUGCCGUGGGUCUAUGUCGGCAUGACCAUGAGGCUUUGCUUCCUGGCGGGUUUUGGUCUGGGCGAGUCGCGGGCUCUGAAGAAGAAGGACUGGAAGAAUUGA